UAUAUACAAUACACACACCCAUCCAAGCGAAGGAUAGGUAUAAACCUGUGUUCAACCAUUGUUUUUUUCCGAGUCUCUGCUGAGUUUUUCAGUUUAAUUUUAGGGUUGAAGGUAUGGCAAAUUACGGAGACAAGUACUAUGGCAACCAACCGGACCCCAACCGGGUUCGCCAACCUAAUGUACAUGGACACCCAGUUCACCAAACUGAUGCUUAUGGAAACCCGGUUCGCCUUCGCCAAACUGAUGCGUAUGGAAACCCGGUUCGCCUUCGCCAAACUGAUGAGUAUGGCAACCCGGUUCACCACACAGGUACCAUGGGACACUAUGGAACCACUGGGGCCACCGGAGCCUAUGGCACCGGCACCAGAGCAACUGGUACCACAGGUGCGUACCCGGUUCGCCAACCUAAUGUACACGGAGACCCGGUUUUAGAAACUGAUGCGUAUGGAAACCCGGUUCACCUUCGCCAAACUGAUGAGUAUGGCAACCCGGUUCACUACACGGGUACCAUGGGAGACUAUGGAACCACUGGGGCCACCGGAGCCUAUGGCACAAGCACCGGAGCAACUAGUACCACAGCUGCGUACCCGGUUCGCCAACCUAAUGUACACGGAGACCUGGUUUUAGAAACUGAUGCGUAUGGAAACCCGGUUUGCCUUCGCCAAACUGAUGAGUAUGGCAACCCGGUUCACCACACGCGUGGGAAGAAGGGUUUCAUGGAGAAGAUCAAGGAGAAACUUUGUGGACACCAUGACCAUUAUGAGGACCAUAAUCACUAUUACUAGAGGUGUUCUUGCAUGCUGUAGCCAGCUUAUAUAUACAUGUGUGUGUGUGUGUUGGGUUACAUAUAAAGUACACAGCUACAUGUGUGUGUGUGUGUUGGGUUACAUAUAAAGUACACAGCUACAUGUGUGUUUCGUUUGUAUUUGGAGGGUGUGAAGGUUUACUUUACAAACGAAGUGCAACGAAGUGCAUGUGUAAUUAAUAAGCAGGGUUGGAGUUGUGUUAGCCGACUGCACCUUGUGUUAAAUGUGAGUUAUGAGGUAUUUUUAAGUAGA